AUGUGUGGAAAUGCGUCAAUAUUGACGAUUAUACGCGGGGUUAUUUCGGAACGAAGACGACUGAAGAAGACGUCUUUAUGCGCCGCAUCCAGAGCAAGGUUGAGAAGGCAUGCCGGUGAACAGACCAUUUUGUACAUCGCUGCAUUAUGCGUCGUCGAUCUGUUAAUGUCCCUCUCGCUACCGCCUGCCAUACUUGUAUGUGUUUGUGCUGUAGCAUUCCUUUUAUUGUUACCAAUGCUAACCUAUGCACGUGCAAAUGAGGUUAUUCUACAUCAGCUACGUCAAACCGAUCCGUUACAUAAACGUGAAAAUAUCACUCGUGUUCGUAUUUACAAAUGUUCUGAUAUGAUGCCGCCUUACGUCUUUUAUUGGUUCACUUGCAGUACAUUUCUACUUGGUUACGUGGUACCGUUAUUGCUUAUCGUUUAUUUCAAUUUGAAACUUAUACGCAAACUUUAUCGACAUGCAAAGAUUCAACCUCGAAGUGGUAUUCCACUCCGACGUGUCGUAACGUACACGCUGUUGAUCGCUGUUUUUUACUUUCUUUGUUGGACGCCGUAUUGGUGCUCUGUGCUGUACGCCAUUUAUAUGUCGAUCUUUUCGGAUGGUCGUACAAAAACCAACGAAUUGUUGCUAUUCAUUAUUUAUUGUGUUCAUUUGUUACCGUAUUUUGGAAGUGCUUCAAAUUGGAUUCUUUAUGGACUGUUGAAUACACAACUGCAACAAAAACACGAUUCACCAACCGCCAUUCACCGCUCUCCGAAUGCUAUUCCCUGUUCUCAUUCUCCUCUCCGCUCACUAUAA